AUGCUGAAGGAGUGUGACUUCUUCUCGGACUCGUAUGGCUGCAUCAUUACCAAGUCUAUCGGGUAUCAGGCCCCGUUCCCUCUCGUGCGGCUAAGCAACGGGCGGUCCACGAAGACCCCUGACGGUGCGUGUGUGCAGGGAUCAUGUUUCGUUUCCUUCGGAGCUGACCACACAGGGUCACGGGGUCGUCUUCUCACUAUGGAUGUGUCGGCACGCGCUUCGAGCGUUUCGUUUUUGCAGCUGCUGUCGAGCUCGUGCCCGCCGUUGGCUCUCGAGUCGGAGGUCGAGUACGUCUCGAAGAUUGAAACAGCGGAGACGGCUUCCGCAGUGGUGACUCGCGGUGGAGGAAAUCGGUGGAGCACGUCUGUGUAUGUACAGAGCGAGGAUGUGCAAAGCACAGCGUGCUCUCGGCGGGCGCACUUUCGCCGCGCCUCCGCCGCGUCUCUCUUUGGUUCCUCACUGUGGCUGAUGGAGGUGGCGAAGGACGACUAUGGCGCCCAAGCGGUACACCGCUAUUCACUCACGACGGCCCUUACGGGUGGAGUGUCAGAGUCGACCCUUGUGAGCGCCAACCUCGGUCGACCGCUGGACAUCAUUGCCCUGUCCGAGGACACUGCCUUUGUUCUAGGCGCAAACGGCGUCGCGAUGGCUGAUCGACGCCAGCGUGCCUCUGACAUUCUCUUCUUUUCAGGUUUAUUGAACGGUGGCGCGACAGGCGACAGGCAGUUGCUGACCUUUGGUGAGGACUACACGCUGCGCGCCUACGAUCUGCGUGACGUAUCUGCUCCCCUGUGUCAAGCAACAUCCGCAACCUAUCUGCGCAUCAAGUCAGAGAUCGACACGCGGGCCUCACUCUUGGUGGCGUCUGACAUGACGGGGGUGUUCGAUGUGCUGCACGUGACCACCGUAGCAUCCUUGCAACACUCUGGUGACACCGUGCUGGAUGCGACUGUCCUACCUAGCGGGCACAACGGAGUCCGAGUGUGCACAAGCACUGGAAGUGGGAUGAUCUACGACUGGACGGUGGCGUGA